AUGGCAGUUGUUAAUUGGCUCAAAAGUUUUUCUAAACGUCAUCAAAAUUUAUCAAUUCGUAAACUUGAAGCCACAUCAGCAGCUAGAGCAAUGGGAUUCAACAAAGUGGCCGUAAGUAAAUUCUAUCGGAUGUUCUGGGUAGAUAUUUAUGAUAAGUUUGAAUUGACCCCUGAUAAAAUUUAUAACUGCGAUGAAACUGGAAUUUCCGUUGUUUCUAAAACCAAAAUAUUAGCUAUGAAAGGACGAAAACAAGUGGGUUCGUUAUCAUCUGCUGAACCAGGACAGACUGUCACAAUAGAAAAAUGUUUUAACGCUGCUGACACCUAUAUGGCUCCACAGAUGAUUUUCUAA